AUGGUUUUUAGUCUGUCAGUUUGUCGCGCUCUCCAAGAGUGGUUUGAGGUGGUUGAUCUCCACCGCAUCACCUUCGUCUACGUCCCUUCCGCUCUGCGCUGGGACAUCCAUGGUGAGGCACACAAGUAUGUCACUGAGCUCAAGGUUAGAGUUGGACGUCGCAAGACAGACAACUCCAUCGACGUGCUCCGCUCUCAAGCUGCGCACUCAGUUCUGGAUUUGUGGAGUUCCACUUUCCAGGAUCCAACUUAUUGUGGCUCUGAAUUCUUGGAGCUUCAAUGGCCUGAUGAGCGGCUGCUACAGCCAUUGUAUCUCAAUGGGGGACCUUGGCUUUCAACCUUCAGACACAGUAUCACUGAGUUCACUCAUGUUUGCCGGUUAUAA